CAAACGCGCACGCACUUAACGCGGGCUGAUCGACAACACGCGCGCACGCUCGUCAAAUGCGGAUCCGGUAUGCUUGUCGUCACCUUUUCUCCGGCUCAGCGACUGUUUCCUCUCUGACGCGUGUUGUCCGGAGUUCUCGGUUCUCGGGCCUCGGCGAGGGAGCCGAGCAUGCCGGUGGUACGCCAGGAAGAAGAGUGCAUCCAUAAAUCUCCUCUGGACACUAGGAAAUACAGACAUCUUACACUGGACAAUGAGCUGCAGGCUAUCCUUGUCUCAGACUCUACCACUGAGAAGGCAGCUGCCUCUCUGUCUGUCAGAGUAGGCUAUCUGUGUGACCCAGAAGAGAUCCCUGGUCUUGCCCACUUCUGCGAGCACAUGCUGUUCCUUGGAACCGAGAAGUAUCCAUCAGAGAAUUCCUACAGAGAGGUAUGACGUCUUUUGUACCCUUUAAUUUUCCUGGUAUGGUCUCUUCCUUCAUCUAUCUUCUUUUCCUCUCGUUCUCGCCUCUCCUCGCUCCAUUUUCUCAUCCCGUCGUCCCUGCUGCAGUUUCUUUCCCAGAAUGCCGGAGCCAGCAACGCAAUGACGUCCGCGGAAUUCACUACGUUCUUCUUCGACAUUGAUUGGGAGCACUUGCGUGGUGCCCUAGACCGGUUUGCCCAGUUCUUCCAGUCUCCUCUCUUUAAUGCCAGUGCCACUGACAGAGAAGUCAAGGCCGUUGACUCAGAGAAUGAUCGUAACCUCCAGGAGGACGCCUGGCGAAUACAGCAGGUCCUGAGACACCUCUCCAAACACGACCACCCCCACAGGAAAUUCGGAACAGGUAACAGUGCAACACUGGACCGCCGGCCGCGGGAAUUGGACCUCGAUGUGAGAGAAGAACUGAGAAAGUUUCACUCGGGACACUACUCCUCCAACCUCAUGCGACUGGCCGUGAUCGGGAGAGAGGACCUGGACGAGCUGACGUCGCUGGUUGAAGAGCUGUUCUCUCCAGUCCUCAACAAGAACAAGCCGGUGCCAGUCUUUCCCGAUCAUCCCUACUCCCCUGAAGACCUGCAGCUGUGGAUCGAGUGUGUGCCUGUGAAGGAGUUACGACAAUUGAUGAUAGAAUUCCCAAUCCCCGAUCUCCACGACUAUUACUACUGCGACCCAAUCCUGUACGUCUCCCAUCUGAUUGGUCACGAAGGUGGAGGAAGUCUGUUUGCCCACCUGAAAUCUAAAGGAUGGUGUAAUACACUGACGGCAGGUCCAACUGCGGGAGCCAAGGGUUACAGCUUCUUUGCCGUCAGAAUGGUGCUGAGCUCUCAGGGAGAAGGUACUGGUCUAUAGCACCCUGUGAGGUCUUCAACACUUAGCAAUCUACACUCAGCAAUGUUUGAUUAUGCUGCAGUGUAACAACUCACACCC